GAGCUAAGGAAUUCAGGGACCAACCCUCUUCUGUCCUAAUGCCCUUACAGUCUGGUAAACUGGAAAACACUUGGCCAUGUGCUACGAGAGAACAAGGUCGGAAUCAGUUCACUGCAACCUUCCCACAGGGCUGGGAGACAGGCAGGAGGAGGGUGGCUUUGCCUGGACCCCAGAGCAGAUCCAGGCCCCUCUGAGCUGUGUUCUAUGCCCCGCCCAGCCCCCGCUCAUCCCUGCCUUCCCACGGGUGCGUACCAGCCUCCUGUGAGAGCAGGGACAGAACAUAUUUGGAGGUCCUACCCCUGAAUGCGUCCCUAAGAGUAGAAACCAGAAGCCCCCACUGGGCAGGCGGGGAGCCGGGGAGGCCCUGAGAAGCACAGGGUCUGUCCAGGCUCAUAGCCCUGGGCACGAGCAGGAACCCAGUCCGAACCCAGCCCUGUAUCCUCACAGUGGGGACACUGGCUGCCCCCAGGCCUCGCAGGGGCUGUGGGUGGGCUGUGUGGCUGUCACUGUAUGGACGGGGCAUGGAGCAGAGGAGCACUAGUGACGAUGAAAUAGGAAGGAGGCUGGCGGACACCCGCUCCAUCUCCCUGACCAGGAGAGUGACCGUACCGGGCUCUGCAGGAGCAGGGACUGGGGACUCCGGGGGAAGACCGCUGACACUGCCUGUGUGCCUACACCACCGUGUGGUCCAGGAGCCGGAGCCCAUGCAGGCCGAGCCUGAGGCUGCUCCGUCGGAGGAGCCAGAGCCGGCCCCACCUGCAUCCACAGCUCCAGAGGCGGGGAUGGUGCCUGCAGGGACUUCAGGAGGAGACCCUGAGCCAGCAGGUGACUGGGCACCGGCCCACUGCGAGGCUGACUUUGUCCGGGAAGAGCUGGGGUCUGCCCCUGUCCCGGGGCCUGCCUUUGCUAUGGAUCCUGCCCCUGACAACACCUGUGCCUCUGCUCUGGAAUCCGCCCCUGCUCCUCCCCCUACUCCUCCUCCUGAGGAGCGCCCAGAGCCCCUUCUGGUGCCCACAGCCCUGAUCCUAGAACAGUUACCCUUUGUUCUAUCCCCCGACCCUGGCAACCUGCAGGAACGUUUUGUACCCGACGUCAGCCCUGGGGAGAAGGUGAAGAUCCGGAGGUCGAUGCAGGUCCCCUGGAGAGAAGGGUGA